AAUUAUAAAACAGGGGCCAUACUGGGGCUUUCGAAAGUCUGAAAGAGCAUUAAUCUCGUCCAUAAAGUUGAAAUCUGUGCCCCUCUCAAACUACCCUUCUCUCUUAUUUUUUUUUCAUUUCAUCAUCCUCUGCUCUCUCUCAGCUCCCAUCCCCCUUCUUUAAUUACUCCUUUCUCAAACCCCCCACGAUUUAUACCCUCGCGAUUUUCUCGAAUCCAACACCAAUGAGGAGAGAUCAGUAGCAUUCAGCUCUUUGACGCCAUCACUUGUCUUGUAGCCAAAGCCAAAUUAUUCUGAUAAACGUCAACAGGUAGAUUUUCUUAAAGCUCUAGAGAUGGGAUGCUUUGCAUCAAAGCCUACGGACUCUGGUGGAAACAGAAGAAAGCCUACGAGCAUCGGCGACGUUUCAGUGUAUGUGCCCGGUUUAAGGAUACCUAAGCCCGUGGAGUUUUCUCAGUCACUGGGUGAUCAGUUGCCCAAGACUCUUGUCGAGCGGUUAACGGCUUUGAGAACGCGAAUAGUUGUGAUGGCGAAUCAAGAAGGACCAACGAUAACGAGAACCAGGAGAAAAACACAACAUGGAGGUUCAACGCUUGCAGAUCUCCAUCAAGCUUUGGAGGAUUAUCUACCUGUUCUAUUAGGAUUAACUAAAGAUGGUAGUCAAUUACAGUUCAAAGUACAGUUUAAUUGGAUAAAUCAGGAGGACGAGGAAGAGGAAACAGCUAUGCCAAACGUUUGGUAUGAAGUAUUGUCGGUUUUGCAUCUAAUGGCAAUGCUACAAAUGUCACAAGCCAAUUUGCUGCUGCUUCCUAGAGGUUCUACUGAUGGCUACCAUCCAAAAGUAUCAGAAGAAAACAGACGAGCUUCAAUUGAUGUCUUCUUAAGGGCAGCUGGAUACCUUGACUGUGCUGUCAAGCAUGUUCUCCCUCAGUUUUCAGCCGAGCAAAGGAGAAGUUUGCCUGUUGACCUAGCAGAAGGAGCUCUACGGGCUCUUUGCCUGCAAGCAUUAGGCCAGGGUGUUGAUAUCCAACUUGGUAUUGCGAUUGAUAGCUCAAAAGCCACUCUCGCAGUGAAGCGAAGACUUUCAUGUGAAAUGGUGAAAUACUGGCAGCAGGCUCAGGACAACUUAACGAAUCUUCCAUUAGCAAAUGGCUGGGGAGAAAAGCAUAUGCUCUUUGUUAAGUGGAAGUAUGUUGAAGCUAAGGCUGCAGCUUACUACUACCAUGGCUUAAUUCUUGAUGAAGGAAACACAGAGAAAUCACAUGGCAUGGCGGUUGCUGCCUUACAAGCUGCAGAUGAGUGUUUCAAAGAAAGUAAGAAAGCAAGCGAGGCAUUCAAUGCAUCUUCACCCACGUCAAGGACCCCACCGCUUUUCGGGACAAUGAAGUAUCUAUCAGAGAAAAUACCGAAAGAAACUUCAAGUAAAGUCAGGAUAAACCGUGAUCUAUACUCAUAUGAAAAAAUCAUGGAAACGGCCCCAACUCUUCCUGAUUUUGCAUUGGCAUUGAAACCUGAUGAGUACCAACUCCCUUCGGUAGAUGCAUCAUGGUCCGAAGAUAGGACUAAAAGCUCAUCAAGUCACAUUACAGGCAACCAAAGAUAGAGCAGUGGAUAGAAUGAAUGUUACCUUAUAGAGUACAAAGCCAGUGGCCGCCAUAUAAAUACCAAAUGGUAUUAGCUCUAUAAACUACUUUUAUGAUUCCCCAAUUGUUGAUAAUAUAUGUAAGAAAAGCUCCCUUUGUGUGCAAACUUCCAAAUUGGAUUUGUAUAAGUUUCCAGAAAAAAAAAUCAAGGGAACAUGUUGUCUGUAUUCUGUAUGUUUGUUUAGUGCAAUAAAAUCAUAUUCUUUC